AUGUUUGUAUCAUUCAAGUAUAGCAAAGAUAAACUGGAACCUGCAAAGAGGGACAAACCACCACUGAGUGACAACACACAAUUGUCGGAUGGGAGCCGAGGGAGCUCGUCAAGCUCCAGUAGUACACCAGACCAAACUAAACUGUAUACAACCACAUUGAAGGUAAAGAAUACUGAUAUCUUGAAAAAGAGUAGCGUAGAUGACACGGAGCCAGUGGAACCCCAACCUUAUGUGGUAAAGACAGAUUUUAAGGCAAUUGCAGAUAAGAUAUUCAACCGCGGGACUCCUUCGAGAAGUCUAAUAGUCUCGUUCACUUACAAUAGAAAGAUACACCAAGAGGCACUUGAAGCCAAGACAUCGCAACACCAGGUUGAAGAGCAGUCAGCAAUUAAACUGGAAUCUGAGUCUACUGGUUUAAAGGGUAAUUCGUCGGACCAUGCAUUGAUAAAAUCAAACUCCUCAUCUCCAAAGAAACGAACAAAACCCCAAUCCACCUCUGUAAAUUCGGCAUUAUCGAGGGACCCCAUAAAGCUUGAUGAAGUAUCUGAGUCAACUCUUAAUGACGAUGGGACCCCUAAUUCAGUAUCCGAGAUAGCCGAUUCGGUCUCUCCAUCGAAAAUUGUUAAAGUACGAUAUCUGCAUGGUAAGAAGAAGCAAGGUAGGCCGGCUAAGGAACCUCAUGAAGAUGUGAUUGGUUCGGACAAUGUUGGAUACUACCUUGAUCCAACAGUGCCGAAUACAAGGGUGCCAGAAGAAAUUCGUAAUUGGCUAGCUCUGAGAGAGACUUCAAUUAAAACCGCGAGUGACUACCCAGCGGCCUUAGUAAACAGCAAACCACGAGUAGAGAAUAAAAUGCAACAAGGGCACAAGGACAACUCGCAAGUUAGACCAAGCUCAACAUCAUCCAAAGUCUCCACCUCAGGUCUUUUACAUCCAUCAUCGUCUUCAAUUUCUAGAGCAUCUACCCCAGCCUCAUCUUCGUCCUUGUCUACGUCAUCAUCACCAUCACCGACACCCUUGCCAGAAUCUGAACCAAUUGCGCCAGAAACAUCCGGUGUACUAGUCAAUGAAUACAUCUCUGACACAUCUGAACGGCCUCCGAGACGCGAGCCAAAAAGGAGUACCAUACAUACCUGUGAAGAAGCACUAAAAGCCAUGUCACAAUAUUCUGAUCUACAAACUGAUAUAACUAACAGUAGCUCAGAAAGGGAUGAUUUAAAUAGUUAUCAACAAGUCGAAAUUGAUUGGUUUAAGAGUUUGAUUGUUGUUGCUGAAAAACUCAAUGAUUUGAAAGAUACCUAUAGGACAAUACAGUUGAUGAAACGGAAAAAGGCCUCCUCUUAA